CCACAUGACAGACAUUCUUCUCUUCUCCACCGGAGACGCGGCGGGUGGGAAGGCCUUCUCUGCGGCAACGACAUCCUGUCUCGUCUUGAUGAUGUCAUCCAUCAAUUAUAAGAAGGAAAAAUCGCUGCAAAACAAAAAUAUCAAGUCAAAUUAGUGUUGCACCGAUACCAUUUUUUUUCCCGAUACUCUGGCGAUACUGUACUGAAAUAUACUUUUUUUUUUCUUUAGAUACUAAAUUACUGCAUACUCAAUCGAAUGUGAUGUUAUUGCUAUAAUGGCUUGGUUGAACAGCUUAACCAGAUGUCCAAUCCAUAUGAAGCAGGAGGGUUGGCAGCGAAAGACCGAACAGCCCUCCUACUCCAAAGGGAUGAGACAUUUCUAGUUAUGAACCCAUUUCAAUUCACGGCAGAAGCAUGAAAAGACCUUUCAUCACCCCUACCAACGUGGCGUCACGGUGGCCAUGUUAGUAGUGGCGUUUUCCUAUCAACGUCAAUGCAUUGUCAUUGAAACUAAUUCAUAAGUAGCUUAUUUUUUUAAAAGAUUGUUUUAUCAGUGUUGAAGCAUCUGCUAUUUACACACUAUUAGCCAUGGAUGAUGCUUGACAGCCAAUCUAUUUGAAGUUGGAGGGUUGGCAGUGAUUAAAUGAACAGACUUCAAAGUGAUUGGCUGUUUCUAGUGAGAAACUCAUUUCAAUUUACGGCAGAAGCAUGAAAAGACCUUUCACAGCCUCGGCCAACUUGGCGUCAUUGAGACCAUGUUGGUGGAGGCGUUGUUGCCAUUAAAGUCCAUGCAUUGCUUAUUUUUUGAAAAAAAUGUUUUAACGGUGUUAAAGCAUCUGCUAUUUACUCAUCGUCAACCUUGGAUGAUGCUAGACAUCCAGUCCAUUUGACAUUCGUUCAUUCGCUGCCACCCUCCCACUUCAAACGGAUUGGACGUCUACCGCCGGCAAUGGCACUGAACAUGAUCAUUGGCUGCCAGCACUCCCAAAACUGUUCUUGUUUUUCUUCUCUCAGGUUGAGCCUCUUAGCCCCGCCUACAAGCCUUUAUUUUGUGGAUGUGUGUGUGUGAGAGAGAGCUUAUUUAAAGGGUCGUGUCGGGUUUUUCAUUUUCAUCGUGUUCAAAGGAUUCAAAUCACAUUUUUGGAUUAAAAUAUUCCAAUUAAACGGUGAGUUCCACCAUUUUUUCUUUUUCCCAUCAAUUGUUGAUUUGAAUACGAUUUAACGUUAUUUUGUGUCAUUUACAUUAAUUCAACAAGUAAAGAUGAUCAUAAUUGUGAUGGGUUUUUGACACUGUUGUGGAUUUCAUUUCAGCAUGUUUGUUUGUUUUAGGCGGCGACAUGUCUCCACUCCUUCUGAUUGGUGUUUUCUUGCUGACGUCACGCUCGUCUUCAGAAACAACACAACCGCUCACUUGCGACACCCGUGGGGCCGACCUAGACCCGACGGCCAACGCUCCCCUGGUACGAUGUCCGCCCGACUGCGGGCGACAGAGACUCUCCGUCUUCGGCAGCGGCAUCUACGCCGCCGUCUCCUCUGUCUGCGGCGGCGCGCUGCACAGCGGCGCCAUGGGGACGGCCGGUGGCCUGGUUCGAGUACAACGCCUCCCAGGAAGACACCACUAUACCCGCUCGUUUGCCAACGGCGUCCAAUCGCAGAGUUUGUCCCGCUGGAGCGCCUCCUUCAGCCUCAGCAAACCUGAGAGGAACGCGCCUCAGGAGCUGAUCCGGGACAACAGUGCCAUCACCAGAAAAGCUGUUAAGAAGAUGCCCGGGAAAAAAGUUGGCAAUAAAGACUGUCAGAUGGACAUUGUGGUGGUGAUGGACAGCAGCUCCAACUUGGGCCGGCGUAGAUUCAACCUGCAGAAGAACUUUGUCACCAAGCUGGUGGCCAUGUUGAAAGUGGGCACCAAUGGACCCCACGUGGGCCUCGUCCAGGCCAGUGAUUUUCCCAGAACAGAAUUCCUACUGAGCAACUACACGCAACCCAAAGAGCUUCAGUUUGCCAUUAAAGAGCUCACAUACCUGGGAGGUGACACGAACACAGGAAAGGCCAUCGCUCACACGGCGGAGCUUCUGUUCACACAGCAGCGCGGCGCCCGACGCGGUCACCCUCGUGUCAUGGUGGUUCUGGUGGACGGCUGGCCGGCCGACGACUUGGAGCGGGCCGCCGCUUUGGCGCGGCGCUCCGGCAUUAACGUCUUCCUGGUGUCCGUCACCGAGCCCGCCGCCGAGGAGCUUCCGGCUGUGCCGGACCGCGACUUCGCCAAGAAGGCGGUGUGCAGAGACAACGGCUUCUUCAGCUACCGCAUGGCCAGCUGGUUCAGUACCACCAAGCACGUUAAACCGCUCACGCAGAGACUCUGCUCGUUGGACGGACUUCUGUGCAGUCGCACUUGUUACAAUUCCGUCAACAUCGGUUUCCUGAUCGACGGCUCGUCGAGCGUGGGCGACCCCAACUUCCGAUUGAUCCUGGACUUCCUGGCCGCUAUCGCCAGCAAGUUCGACAUCUCCGACAUGGGCACUCGCGCAGGCGCGGUCCAGUUCACGUACGAUCAGCGUCUGGAGUUCGGCAUGCGGGAGCACGGCAGCAAAGAGGCCGUGGCGGCCGCCUUGAGGAAAAUCCCCUACAUGAGUGGCGGAACGGCCACAGGGGGCGCCAUUGCUUACGCCGCGCAAAACCUCUUCGAACGGACGGCGCACGGGCGCGACUUCCUGAUCGUGGUGACUGACGGCCAAUCGUACGACGACGUGGGCGGCCCCGCCGUGGCUGCGCACAACAGAGGCAUAACCGUGUACGCGGUGGGCGUGGCUUGGGCACCCAUGGACGAUUUGCGGGCGAUGGCGUCGGAGCCCAAAGACGAGCACGUCUUCUUCAGCCGCCACUUUGGGGACCUGGAGGACCUCGUGGAUGACAUAGUGCGCGGAAUUUGUCGCGACUUUGACGCCAAAAAUUAAAACAAUUACCAGUGUCAACGUCAUUGGGGAAUCACUAGUUAACUGAUUAACAGGUGAUUUCUUUUUUCAUAUAUCCUUUUUUGGAAUUGCAUAUUUGUUUUUGUGAAAAUCUAAAUAUGUAUUUGAUCUCCUGUAUUUAUUACUUCCAGUGUACAAAUAAAAACUUUU